AUGCUAGAAGAGCCCAUAGACGAUACCAAAUUACAUUGCUACUUACCGCAUCACCCUGUAUUCAAGGACUCUAGCACAACGACGAAGGUCAGAGUCGUUUUUGACGCGUCGUGCAAGACGGCGUCCGGUUAUUCACUCAACGACACGUUACUGGUCGGACCCGUAGUGCAGCAAGACUUGCUGUCCAUCGUCAUGAGGUUUUGGACACAUUCCAUCGCUCUCGUUGCCGACAUUGAAAAAAUAUUCCGGCAAAUUCGGCUCCACAUUGAGGAUCAACCGUUUCAACGAAUCCUAUGGCGUACGAACCCAGACGCAGCUGUUUCCACCUAUGAGCUGCAGACAGUAACAUAUGGCACGGCGAGUGCUCCUUAUCUGGCCACUCGAACUCUGCAGCAGAUAGCGAAGGAUAAUAGACAGUGUUAUCAUGCAUCAGUCAACUCAGUCACGGAAGAUUUCUACGUGGACGAUUUUCUGUCUGGUGCCUCAGGCAUAGAAUCUGCUAUAAGACUUCGCAAAGAAGUUUCAUCAAUGCUAAGCACCGCUGGGCUGCCACUAAAAAAGUGGGCAUCGAAUGCCCCCGAGGUUCUCGAGGAUGUCCCGCCAGACGAUCUUGCAAUUCUCCCGUAUCGGAACCUACAGGACGAUCAAGCAGUGUCCACCCUCGGUCUUGUUUGGGAACCAAAGUCGGACGUACUACGGUUCAAGGUUCAGUUGCCACUGCCCGCUCCCGUCCUGACAAAACGCAAGGUACUGUCGUACAUUGCGCAGAUUUUCGACCCACUUGGAAUCGUGGGUCCAACGAUUGCCAUGGCCAAACUCUUCAUGCAACAUCUCUGGGCGUUGAAAAGGAAUGGCGAAUCCUGUGAGUGGGACACUCCGCUCCCACCGAAACUGCAAGCGGAAUGGAAACAAUUUCAUACCACACUUUUGAUGAUAGGCGAAGUUCGCGUUCCACGUUUCGUGUCUGUACCUGAGGCCAAUAACAUCCAGCUUCAUUUUUUCUCGGAUGCGUCAGAGCGAGCUUAUGGGACAUGCUGCUAUGUUCGUACCGAAUCUGCAGGUAUUGUUUCGGUCCAAUUGUUGGCUUUUAGAUCGAAGGUCUCGCCGUUAGCUACACGUCACACUAUCGCCAGGUUGGAAUUAUGCGCCGCAGAAUUAUCGGUGAAGCUAUACAAGAAAAUCAACACCGCCGUAAAACUGUCAUCAAUCGCUUACUUCUGGACAGAUUCCACAACUGUUUUGCAAUGGUUGCGCGGGCCUCCGACGCGUUGGAAAACCUUCGUUGCCAACCGGGUGUCGAAGAUGCAGCUUUCUACCGAUACAGAGAGCUGGUGUCACGUUUUCGGCGUCGAGAACCCCACCGACGAUUUAUCACGAGGUUUGAACCCAAUCGAUCUUCUAAAUCGCACACGCUGGUGGACUGGCCCACCAUUUUUAUUGCUUCCACAAGAACGUUGGCCGAAAUCACCGUUGUUGGAAGGAGAAUCAGCUGAUGUGGCUGCCGAGAGACGCAAGGUCCCACUUGUCGCCAUGACUACAACUACAACUCAGCUUCUGCAACUGGCUGUUUGCACGAUACUCCAGCUAUACAAAACUACGCCGGCUCCACCGCUCACUACACGUGAACUUGAACACGCCGAACUGUCACUUUGCCACCUAGCACAAGCAGAGAUAUUUGCUCGAGAAAUCUCCGAUCUCACUGCUGGCGAGCGAGUUGCCAAAUCGUCAGUACUUAAAUGGCUGAACCCAUUCAUUGAUUCGGAUCGCAUUCUACGUGUUGGUGGCCGGCUUCGUCAUGCCGCGCUUUCCAAUGACAAACGGCAUCCGAUAGUGUUGUCUGCUAAGCAUCCGCUUUCUGCUCUGUUGGCUAGUCACUUUCAUUUGAAGCUACUGCACGCAGGUCCGCAAUUCCUGCUAGCCACUCUCCGCCAGAAGUUUUGGAUUCUUGGCGGGAGGAAUUUAGUAAAAUCCGUCUCCCACCAUUGCCACACUUGUUUUCGUAGCAAGCCCACACUAGUCCAGCAGAGCACAGCAGAUUUACCCCAAUUGCGAGUGUCACCGACGCGACCGUUUUCCGUCUGCGGAGUCGAUUAUUGUGGACCAUUCUUUCUGAAGUCCGCAGUCCGCAACCGUGGCCCUACAAAGGUGUAUGUGGCCAUCUUCGUCUGCUUCUCUACAAAGGCUGUUCACAUCGAGCUGGUGAGUGACCUGUCUACGCCAGCGUUCCUAGCAGCUCUUCGUCGUUUGGUGGCCCGCAGAGGUAAAAUAAGUGAACUGCACUCGGACAACGCAACCGCUUUCAAGGGUGCUUCAAAUGCACUUAACAGUGUCUGCCGGAUGCUGAAGGUCGAUGAAGAUGAUCGGAACCAGAUCUUCAACUGGUGUUCCGAGAAUGAGAUAACCUGA